AGCCAGCCGCCCGCAAAAUAAACCUAUUACAUGACAAUUCAAAUUCAGAGGCAAAGAAGAGGAGGAGGAGGAAGCCCUGCGCGCUCAGGAGAGGGGAAGCCAAGCCCAUCCCUGCAGAGUGCAAUAUAUAUUUUUAAAACCCCUUCCCCGGGCAAAGGGUACCUUACGCCCAGGGACAUGCUAAAUGACCCUCUUCAGCAAGAGGCAGUGAGGAGGCGCGGGGGGGGUGAGAGAGAGACAGACACACGCUCUCCUACACUCAGCUCGCCGGGAGGACCCAGCCAGUCAGAGGCGGAGAGCGAGGGGGAAGAGCGAACACAUUGGAGGAGAAAUUGCUGCACAGCAAAACACCAGCCAGAGGAGGUGCUUCCCCGCUCUCCCAAUAUAACCACCCCGAGAGCAGGGGCGAGCAGAGCCGGCCGGAGCCCCAGCAGCAAAGUGCUGGGCUGGGGAGGGAGGGAGGCAAAAGGCUUGCCCAGGAUGCCCGUAGCUGUAUCGCGUCCCCAGCCCUGAGCGCCGAGGAGGCAGGGCGAUCCGGAGGGCUCCCUCCGGACUGCUGGACGAGAACUCCGCGGUUGGCUUGCGCCCCGCGGGCUGAGCACCGGGAGGGGCGGCUGCUACCGGGCUGCCUGGAGGAUGGGAGACUGAGAGCCGGGGGCAGAGAGAGGUUCUCCCCCCACCCCACCCCCCCGCAGCGAUUACCUGAAAGGACUAAUUUUUGACUCAGCUCAACACCUUGUCUUCAUCAAUUUUCACUCAUACAAGGACUAUCUGCUGAGACUAUUUCCCCUUGAGGGCUCUGUCCAUACAGCUGAUAGCUGAAUUCAGGAACCUCACCUCACUGGGGACUUGUCUACUUUACCGGCUGGAUCGACGGGCAGUGAUCAAUCCAGCGGGGUCGAUUUAUCGCGUCUAGUCUAGAUGCAAUAAAUUGACUGCCAAGCACUCUCUCAUCGACACCGGUACUCCACCAGGGUGAGAGGCACAGGCGGAGUUGACGGGGGAGUAUCAGCCAUCGACUUACCGCAGAGAAGACGCCACAGUAAAUGGAUACGGAGCUUUAAUGAAGAAACGUCAAAGCUGCUAACAAUCACACAAACGGGGACUCAAGACCUUUGUGACCAAUGAUGUGGUCAUCAUGGAGACUGAUUCUGUUUCUGUCACUCACUGGAUGUCUUUCAGAAUAUUCAGCAGCUGUUCCAGGCCUCCCAACUUCAUAUGCUGCUAUCCUAAGAAUUAAAUCUGCCAGUUCAUCUUCAGCACUCUUUAAUUCAAAGAACAGGCCACGAUUAAGCAGCCCUUCAUUAGGAAGCAUAUCUUCACCAGGCUGGAGAGGAACAGCACAACACUAUCACUCACCAACAAACCUCAAUCACUUCUCAGAGGCCUUCAAACAUGAUGAAAGUGUGGAUUACGGGCCGGUGUUUAUACAAGAGCCGGAUGAUGUGAUUUUUCCUACUGAUUCUGAAGAGAAGAAAGUGUCUCUGAAUUGCCAAGCACGAGGAAACCCUGCUCCUAUUUACAGAUGGCUACGAAAUGGAACUGAAAUUGAUAUUGAAAGUGAUUACCGCUACAGUUUGAUAGAAGGAAGUUUUAUCAUCAACAAUCCCAAUGAAGCAAAGGAUUCUGGGCAAUAUCAAUGUUUAACCACCAAUGUGUUUGGAAGUAUUUUGAGCAGAGAGGCCACCCUUCAGUUUGCAUAUCUGGGAAAUUUUAGUGGCCGGACAAGAAGCGCAGUCUCAGUACGUGAAGGUCAAGGGGUUGUUCUGAUGUGCUCUCCUCCACUUCAUUCACCAGAGAUAAUCUACAGUUGGGUAUUUAACGAAUUCCCAUCUUUCGUGGCAGAAGAUAGCAGACGCUUCAUCUCCCAGGAGACCGGAAAUCUCUACAUCUCCAAGGUGCAAACAUCUGAUGUUGGCAGCUAUAUCUGCCUAGUAAAAAACACAGUGACAAAUGCCAGAGUUCUGAGUCCUCCAACACCACUUACCCUGCGGAAUGAUGGUGUGAUGGGGGAAUAUGAGCCGAAAAUUGAGGUCCAUUUUCCUUACACAGUUACAGCUGCUAAGGGAACUACCGUUAAGAUGGAGUGCUUUGCGCUGGGCAACCCUGUUCCAACAAUCUCGUGGAGGAAAGUUAAUGAUCAUAAUCCAAGUAAAGCCCGUCUGAGAAAGUCCCAAGCUGUUCUUGAAAUACCUAAUGUGCAGCUAGAGGAUGCAGGGAUGUACGAAUGUAAAGCUGAAAACUCGCGUGGAAGGAAUGUCUUCAGAGGACAGCUACAAGUAUACACCUACCCACAUUGGGUGGAGAAGCUUAACAAUACUCAAUUAGACAGUGGAGAGCAGCUCCGAUGGGAAUGCAAAGCCUCUGGAAAGCCACGACCCACCUAUCAUUGGCUGAAGAAUGGAGUCCCUCUUUGGGUACAGAGCAGGGUUGAGAUGGUUAAUGGUGUACUGAUGAUCCACAGUGUGAAUCUCUCAGAUGCUGGAAUGUACCAAUGCUUAGCAGAAAAUAAAUAUGGAACCAUUUAUGCCAGUGCUGAGCUGAAGAUUUUAGCCUCAGCUCCCACUUUUGCACUAAAUCAGAUGAAGAAAACUUUAAUUAUUACCAGGGGCCAAGAAGUUGUCAUUGAGUGCAAACCACAAGCCUCUCCAAAACCAACCAUCACUUGGAAGAAAGGAGACAAAGCAGUAAGAGGGAAUAAGAGGAUAACUGUUCUUCCAGAUGGGAGCCUACAAAUCCUGAAUGCUUCCAAAUCUGACGAAGGAAGGUAUUUAUGCCAAGGAGAAAAUGUGUUUGGUUCAGCAGAAACUGUAGCCUCAGUAUUUGUUAAAGAACCAACAAAGAUAGACCUGACUCCCAAGAGGACUGAGUUAACCGUUGGAGAAAGCAUUGUCCUCAGUUGCAAAGCGAUUCAUGACAACACACUAGAUGUGACUUUCUACUGGACUUUGAAUGGGCAGCCAAUUGAUUUUGAGAAGGAAGGCGGACAUUUUGAAAGCAUCAGGGCACAAGCAUCCUCUGCAGAUUUAAUGAUCAGGAACAUCCUUCUGAUGCAUGCUGGGAGAUAUGGCUGCAGGAUACAGACCACAGCAGACAGUGUGUCAGAUGAGGCAGAACUUCUUGUUAGGGGUCCUCCUGGUCCCCCAGGAAUAGUGAUAGUUGAGGAAAUUACAGAAACCACGGCGACGCUUUCCUGGAGUCCUGGGGCAGACAACCACAGCCCUAUCUCCACAUACAACUUACAAGCACGUAGCCCAUUUUCACUUGGCUGGCAGACUGUAAAAACAGUUCCAGAGAACAUAAGUGGUGACAUGGAAUCUGCUGUGGCAGUAGAACUGAACCCAUGGGUGGAAUAUGAAUUCAGAGUUGUAGCAACCAACAAAAUCGGGACUGGGGAUCCAAGUGCACCAUCUCGAGUGAUCAGAACCAGUGAAGCAGUUCCAAAGACAGCACCAGCUAAUGUAAGUGGCAGAAGUGGAAGACGGCAUGAAUUAGUAAUAGCAUGGGAGCCAGUAUCAGAAGAGUUUCAGAAUGGGGAAGGAUUUGGAUACAUUGUGGCUUUCAGACCGAAUGGAACACGAGGGUGGAAAGAAAAAAUGGUGACAUCCUCAGAUGCUUCAAAGUUCAUCUAUAGGGAUGAAAGUGUGCCUCCUCUGACUCCCUUUGAGGUGAAAGUUGGUGUAUAUAAUAACAAAGGAGAUGGACCCUUCAGCCCCAUUGCGGUCAUCUGUUCAGCUGAGGGAGAACCCAGUGCAGCUCCUACUGAUGUCAAGGCUACAGGUUUGUCUGUAUCAGAGAUUCUGGUUGCGUGGAAACAUAUUAAAGAAAAUCUAGGAAGACCACAGGGAUUUGAGGUUGGUUACUGGAAAGAUAUGGAGCAGGAAGAAGCGGCAGAAAAAGUCAAAACUGAAGGAAAUGAGUCAUCCAUCAUUUUGACAGGAUUAGAAGGAAACACAUUAUAUCACCUAACAGUGAGGGCGUACAAUGCUGCGGGAUAUGGACCACCGAGUAGCACAGUCCGUGCAGCCACUAAGAAAUCCCCUCCCAGCCAGGCACCAACCAAUAUUAUGUGGAUGCAAGAUGGCUCUCAUGUGUCUCUGGGAUGGGAGCCAGUUAGACCUCUAGCAAAUGAAUCUGAUGUAAUGGGAUACAAGGUCUUGUUUAGGCAAGAAGGCCACAGCAAUAGUCAAGUAAUUGAAACACAGAAAACCUCUGCAGUGGUACUUCUUCCUGAUGUUGGUGUCUAUAUCAUAGAGGUUUGUGCAGUCAGUGAAGGAGGGGAUGGGACAGCCAGCUCCCAAAUCAGGGUACCGUCUUUUUCAGGUGGAAAAGUUACAAGCUCUCAAUCCACUUUACAUGCUCUCUCUACGUCCUCGUCAUCUGUAACAUUGCUCUUGGCACUGAUGGUCCCUUCCACCUCAUGGUGAAGACUGCAGACCUUUUUUUUUUUUCAUUGUUUGUUUGCUUUAGCUUGAUAACACCAAUGGAUGGAGCUUUAUGUUCGUGAAGAAGCUGGAACCCUAAGCAAAUGCCUAAAGACCCAUAGAAAUACACAUGGUGCACUUAGAGGAGUGUUGAAAAAAUGAUAAAUGAUUCAUCAGGUUUUUCUCUUCAGUUUUUGUAGAUGUCCUCUCUUUGGGGAGGGGACACUUACUGGCCCAACAAAAAUAUGCAGAUUGUAUGUAAUAAACUUUUGUAAGCAAAUGUAAUUUCUGUCAAAUGUACUUUACUUUUUUAAUAUGUUUAAAUUUGGUGAUCCCCAGUUGUGUACCAUUAGUUGUUUAAAUAGUGGUGUCUAGUAGAGUACAUUGGUUUUGUUUGGAAUUUUUUUUUUAAUGAGUGAAGUUUGAAAAGGACUUUGAAGCUAGUGCUUUUGUUGCUUCCCCUAAGGCUGGCUGCUCACAGUGACAAGGCAGUAGGAGAGAAGAAAAAGUUCAGUUAUAUGCCCACUGGAAAGUACAGGAAAUAUUUUCUGGAAAAUGUAUGAAUACAUAUGGAAUUAGCAAAAUUUGUCAAUCUGAUGUUUUGAAAGCACCCCCAGAGAAAGAGAACAGAGCAGAGAAGAAGCCAUUAAUUUUAUUGCAAGGUAAACUGGAAAUGACUGAACACAAACUUAAAAGGAAAUAAAUGCUAUUGUUUUUCAUCAAAUAUUGUAUAAUUUAACUGCAGAGGAAGUAAAUGUUUAUUUUGAAUAGAAAAAUAAAUAGUCUAAAUUCAUUAACAGUGCAUAUAGCAGUUAAACCACCACUGGGCAUUUAAUCAUAACAUACAGUAGUUGCUAAAUGGGCAAAUAAAAGGAAUGCAAGGAGACAAAUCUGCUUUUUUCCUGUCAGUCUUAGACUAAUUUUUUUAGUCCAUUUUUGUAUGGUACUGUACUUUAUAUAUUUGGUAAUUAAGCUAAAGCUGAAGUAUAUAAGAAUGCAUAUCAUGGAGAGAGAGUAAUAUUUCAUGGACUGUAGUCAUGCAAACAUGCAGAGUUCAAUUAGAAUGUGCUUCGAGGAAUGUUGUGUCCCAAAUGACACUUGGAUAAAUAAGAAUUAUCAAGCAAGGUUUCCAGGUGGCAAGGCUACUGGACCUUCUUCUAGAGCUCACCAGAUAGAGAUUGGUUUUAUAGGGACUGUGUGCUAACAGCUUUAAUCCCAGCCAUUAUUCUGCUGUAUCAGUCUUUUCUCCAUUCUGUAAUCAGUUAGGAGGAGUUCCCGUUCUAGAUCUAAAGGCCUUUCCUCAUGCUAGCACCUAAGCCAAAAUGACCCCUAGUGUAUAUGGAGUGUGUGUGCAUUUGUACAGUGUGGUGUGUGUGAUGUUCUCAGCAAGGGGACUUUUUACUACCGUGUUUGUAGGGACUGUGCCCAGUAUGACCUUUACCUUGUUUGCAGUAAUCAAGUGUGUUGUGCUCAAAUCAUUUUAUUGGGAAAGUCCUGGUAGCAUAACUCGGAUAGCUGAUUCUCUAACUCUUUUCAAAGAGAUCUAAUUAAGGCACUGGGUUCUCUAACAAAAAUUCUAUCACUUUGCUUGCUUGUCAGCACAUUCCAAAUGUGCCAUUUCUUACACCUUUAAAAUAACGGCCAGGGAAGCACCAUAGCAGAGCAGAUACUCAAAAGUUGUACAAAACUGGAUGAAAGAUAGAUUUUCAUUUUUUAUCUUUCUGAACAUUUUACAAAAGUAUUUUUUCAAAGGCCAUUAGAAUCAUUUUCUUUAUACCCACUGAGAAUUUUAAAGAUGCUAUUCAGAUCACCCCAGAACCAGGUUUUAAAGACUCUUAGUCACCAUAUUGCUAGGAGAGCAACGAUAAGACAAGUAUCUGAGAACCAAAAGUUUUGAGAUAAAAGACAAGAAAAGGACUUCCUUAAACAACUUCUUCUGAAAUAACAGUUUGUGGUCAAAGAAGCGGGGAUGGAAUAGAUUGCAUGCAGUGAACAUUGGCUUCUCUGCCAUUGCUGAUAGAGCAAGUUGUAACAAAGCAAAUACGUGCUAUGGUUUGCAAAACAGAAGCAUUUUCAUUAUGCAAGAGAGCUUGCAUGACCAGGCUUAUGUUUCUAAAGAAAAAUCAGCAUCAAUAAUAAACCAGAACCAGUGCAGUUCAAUCAGGGGUAUUCAUAAUCAAAGAAGUUACUGUCACCAUUGGUGGCAUUCUAGUCAAACAAAUUUCUGAAUACACUAAAUGGAUAUGGUUGAUGACAAGUAUCAAAGUCUAGUGUGGAUAAAUAGAUAUAAGUACAUCUACUUAUAUCUGGAUCAGUAGCAUCAAAAUAGCGGUGGAAAUAUGGAACACACCUUCAGGUCAUGUAAUUGUACUGCAGGGACACAAGGGGAUAUGUUUUAUAGUCAACAGGAACAGAAUAUGUAUUUUGCAUCUUAAAUAUAUUAAUAAACAUGUUUUAAAUGUUUAAGUAUCUAUGUAUUACAUAUUUGUUACUUUGCAGAAGGCAAUGUUUCCUUAUCAUGAUACAUUAAUUUUUAGCUGCGAAAAGAGUUUUCUUUUUUUUCUUGAAUGAGCUUGUAACAGGGCAGUCACUAAAAAGACUGUAUUUUUGUAUAACACUGCAAGAGCUGUUUUGAAAAUAAAAUGAAAAAAUGAAUCAAAGAAAUUUUGUUUGCAGCCCAAAACAACGUUACUGUCACGGCCCAUCUCAAAAUUUUAGCUAUAUUGUAUACAAUCUGUAUAUAAACUAUAUAUAAUGGUAUAUACUAUGUGAAAGACACAGUAAAAAUAAUAGGUCCUGUGUACUGUUCUUGUAACAUUAGACCUUUUUAAUAAAUAAUUCUCUUUUUAUUGA